AUGCAAUCCCCCGAUCAGAAGAUCAUCAUCAUUGGCGCUGGCGUGUUCGGCCUGAGCACAGCUCUGUGGCUUGCUCGUGGCGGCUACAAGGACAUCACAAUCUUUGACCGAUGCGCUUUCGACAAGAACUUCUACGACCCUUCAAAUGGCUGCGACGGAGCCUCCGCCGACAUCAACAAGGUUUUUCGCAUGGCCUAUGGAGACAAACUCCGCUACCAGAACCUGGCACUCGAGGCCAAAUACAUGUGGCUCUCGUGGAAUAAAGCAGUUGCUGAGACUGCCUCCUCGGACCUUCCGCCCGGCCUGAGUCCAGAGGACAAGCUUCUUCACCUCUGUGGGGCUUACUUCCUUGCAGAGGGAUCAGACAUGCGAGAUUACUAUGCCGAAAGUCUGGAGCUGAUGAGCAAAACCACCCCUGACCAUCGAAAAAUGUUAUUUGUGAAAGGCGAUGCCGAAGACGAGGAGCGUCUCAGAAACAUUGACCCCACAUGGGUUGAGAAGUACCACAUAAUUGACAAGAUCAAUGGCAGCAAUACCAACGGCUUCAUAGACAUCAAUGCUGGUAUCACCAUCGCAGACAAGGCCUGCGUCUAUGCUCGCUUCUUGUGCGAGAAGGAAGGUAUCAAGUUCGUCCUGGGUGAUCCUCAGGGCAAGCUUGAGAAGUUGAUCACCAAGGAAAAGAAUGGCUACAAGAAGGUGACCGGUCUUCAAACCUGCGAUGGUCUCAGCCAUCACGGAGAUCUUGUGAUUGUUGCUGCUGGCAGUUGGACUGCGUCUAUCAUCCCCGAGGCUCAUCGUACGGUUGAAGCCACCGCCGGAACCGUUAUGUUCAUCGACAUCCCCAAAGAGAGAACGGAUCUGAGGGAGAAGUUUCACCCGGAUAACUAUCCAGUGUGGUCUUAUCGCAAAGGAGACGGUGAUGAAUAUUACCAGGGCGGUGGUUUCCCCAUCAGCAAAGAAGGCCGACUCAAGUUCGGUUUCCGCGGUCGCAAGGUUGGUAAUGUUUUGGUGCAACUUCGUAUUUCAACGCCCCGUACCAAAUACACCGAAAAGCCGAUCGACACGGUACCUCUUUACGGCUUGUGCCGCAUGAAAGAAGUUAUCGCCGAGGCUUUCCCCGAGUUGGUCGAGUUCGGCUUCACGGAUAGCAGACUAUGCUGGUAUACGGACAGCAUUGACAAUGAUUAUGUCAUUGACUACGUACCUGGGUACUCAAAGUCGCUUUUCAUCUGCACUGGAGGAUCAGGUCAUGCAUUCAAAUUCCUUCCCAUACUAGGCAGACAUGUCAAGAAUCAGCUCGAAGGCAUUCCGGACGAGUUUACUCCAUUUUGGGAGUGGCGAGUUGCCAAGGAAGGACAUGACAACAAUGGAUUAUCCGAAGGAGAAGAUGGUCCCAGAGAGGUCUCCAAGGUGGAGAUGGCAGACCGUGCUGACUUCAAGUUGGAACCCACGAGAUUUGCUUGA